AUCGCGUUAUCAACAAGCAAACUACUUUACCGGUCUUAAUAACUUUAGUAUUAAGACCUCGAUCAUCCCUCUGCAGCUAUUUUCAAUGUUUUCCUUUUUCUCCAGACAACAGCCACAGCAACCACAACCAGAGCCGGCCAAGGAAGCAGCUACAAUGACAUCCACCGAACGGCCACCGAUCCAGCACGUCGACGAGGCUUCCUUCAAAGAUGUGUCCAGCCGCGUCGCCUAUCUCAAAGCUUUCCUCAAAUUCACCGAUGAAGACGGCGCUGCUCUGAACGCUGCGAAACCCAUCAUCGCCCCCGCCGUGCCCGCGGUCCUCGAUAUCAUCUACACAAACCUGAUCUCAUUCGACGUCACUGCGAAAGCCUUUGUGCCUCGCCAACCCGAGCAGGACCAGAACGACGCAGAGGCAACUAGUGUCGAAGACCUCACACUCACGCACCCCAAUAUCCUCCACCGCAAAGAUUUCCUGAAGCUCUACCUUGUCAAGCUCGUCAGCAACACAGACUGGUCGGACAAUAGCAAGUUCUGGGAUUACCUCGAUAAAGUCGGCCUGAUGCACACGGGAGAACCUGGCUUCAAACACCGUGCCAAGCGGCCUCAGCUUCGCGUCGAGCUGAUGCACUGCAGUGCUUUGCUGGGAUUCGUGGAAGACAUUGUUCUCAACGCUGUCAUGGGCGCGCAAGAUGUUGACCUUCCCACAAAGACGAAGAUCAUCCGCGCCUUUAACAAGCUCCUCUGGAUCCAGAAUGAUCUAUUCUUGAAGCACUACGCUCCAGAACCGUGGAGCGAACAGAAGGAAGAAGUGGCAGCCAAUUGAAAUCGGUGUCUCCUGCCGUUACGCACCUUUUCUUCUUUAAUGACAGAAAACAUCCAAAUGGAUAGAUGACGUGAAAUGACCUGUUGACCACUUUCCACUCUGGGGUUCCGGCGUUGGGAUAUUAUUGUGUGUUGGUACGCAGUGCUUCGCUUUUUUCACUUCACCGUUUUCGUUUGCGAAUACCAAUUGCCCGCAUAUUUCUUCGAAGCCAUUGUCGAAUUUUCGAAGAUAGAGAGCAUUCAGGUGAUCGGACUUGUAGUGGAAAUAGCAUCCUCUUAAAUAAUUCUAAGCUAAGAAUCCUCCUAUACUUUUUUCCAUUA